CCCAACGCUUCAGUUCCUCGGAGCAGAAUGGUGGGCCUGAAGCCCACGGACAUCCCUCCGUCCGCCACAGUCAAAUUUCUCAGCGCCGGGACAGCGGCUUGCAUCGCUGACCUCUGCACCUUCCCCUUGGACACGGCGAAAGUCAGGCUGCAGAUCCAAGGAGAAUCAAAGGCUUCCAGAACUGCGAAGAAUGUCAAGUACAAGGGUGUUUUCGGCACGAUGGCCACCAUGGUGAGACUGGAAGGGCCCAAGAGCCUCUACAACGGGCUGGUGGCCGGCCUCCAGCGCCAGAUGAGUUUCGCCUCCAUCCGCAUCGGCCUCUACGACUCCGUGAAGCAGCUCUACACCCCCAAGGGAUCGGACAAUACGAGCAUCUUCACCCGGCUGCUUGCCGGUUGUACCACUGGAGCCAUGGCGGUCACAUGUGCCCAGCCCACCGAUGUGGUGAAGGUGCGCUUCCAAGCACACAUCACUAUGGUCGGUGGACCGAAGAAGUACAACGGAACCGUGGACGCCUACCGAACCAUCGCGCGGGAGGAAGGGGUCAAAGGCCUGUGGAAAGGAACUCUUCCCAACAUCACCCGAAACGCCAUCGUGAACUGCGGGGAGCUGGUUACCUAUGACCUCAUAAAGGAAACGCUGCUGAAAUAUCACCUCAUGACUGAUAAUUUCCCGUGCCAUUUUGUUGCCGCCUUCGGAGCCGGUUUCUGCGCUACAGUGGUGGCGUCUCCAGUGGACGUUGUCAAGACAAGAUACAUGAACUCUAACCCUGGGCAGUAUAAAAAUGCCCUUAACUGUACGCUGACCAUGGUGGUGAAGGAGGGCCCCACUGCGUUUUACAAAGGCUUCAUGCCUUCAUUCCUUCGUCUGGGCUCUUGGAACGUGGUGAUGUUCGUGUCCUUUGAGCAGCUGAAGAGGUUGAUGGUUCUGGCGCAAGAGGCUUGGGAGUCCCCGUUCUGAGACCACCGGCGGCUGUGGAUCGUGCCACACGCUCCCCAAGAGUAAUGCUGCCAGGAAAACGCCAGUUGCGGCUUCGGAUGGGAACCGUCCGCUGGCGUGAGCUUUCUUGAGACGUUCUUGUCAAGGGUGGCAAGAGGCAAACCUCAAUUAUAACAAUUGCUUCGCAGCACCCAGAAGGCUUAAUAUUUAAGCCAACGAAAGAAGACUUUUAAAAGCAACUGUGAGCAUGGCUUCCAGGGCCCUUUCACUUGGAAGAUUCCGCCUAGCUGAUCUGGAUGCCAUAUUGCAGACCAAGUGGCCUUCCCCUGAACUCUGUGCCUGUUCUCAGACCAACCUACAGAUAUCCCACUGGCUUCUGAAAGAGGAAGAAGGUCCUGCUGUUCCCAUGGGGAGGGUUGGGGGUGGGGCGAUUUCAGCUAAUGUUCUAGCACGUUCCCGUUUUUGUAGCUUUUUAAAAAAAAUAAAGUUUUCUAUUUUGC